UCUCCUAGAGAGCCUUUUAGGAGGGGUGGCAACAAUGUCUGAAAAGAGGGGAUCCAACAAAUAUGAGGAGGACAAGGUGGAUCUCAGGAGAGGGCCUUGGACUCUUGAGGAGGACACCCUCCUCAUCCACUACAUUGCUUGUCAUGGCGAAGGCCGCUGGAAUCUCCUCGCUAAGUGCUCAGGCUUGAAGAGAACUGGUAAGAGUUGCAGGCUUAGGUGGCUAAAUUACUUAAAACCAGAUAUAAAACGCGGCAACCUCUCUCCAGAGGAGCAGUUCUUGAUCCUUGAGCUCCAUUCCAAGUGGGGAAACCGGUGGUCCAGGAUUGCACAGCAUCUACCAGGGAGGACCGACAACGAGAUAAAGAACUAUUGGAGAACCCGUGUUCAGAAGCAAGCAAGGCAGCUCAAGAUCGACGCCAACAGCGCCAUGUUCCGAGACGCAAUCCGCUGCUACUGGAUGCCGAGAUUGCUCGAGAAGAUGGGUUCAUCUCAGUCCAUGCCAUCCCUAACAGACUCCAACGCCACGACCACCGCCGGUACGAUGGAGCAAAUGAUCACUCCGCAUGGGCCUCCCCAGCCGUUUUCCAAUCCAGCCAUGCACUACUACUACCCAUUUGAGGGCUGCAGCUCCUACGACCCACCGGGCUCGGAGAAUCACAGUCCGACCACCUCCUCAGCCUCGAUGCCGCUCCCCCAACUCCCAAACUUGUCCGAAUUCUCGUCGGGGCCCCCCGACAAUUACAGUGGUGCCUCCUUCAAUCCAUUCACGAGUGGCCACUGCGUGGACAAUAGCUACGGUCUAGACGCUAUGGAUCUAGACCCGGUGUCGGCAACGCAGCUUGGAUUUUCGGUCUCGGACUACACCAUGGGCAACAAUAAUUGCGUGGACAACCUUGGUGAUGGCUUGUGGAACAUGAAUGAGUUAUGGUAUGUAAGAAAGCUAAAUGAGUGGGGUGGAAUCUAGCUAGCUAGGUUCCUUGUAGUGAUAACUACUCUUGUAAAAUGUCCCAUUCAGAGUGUAAGUGGGAGUUUAUUCUGCGCGUGUAUGUGUGCUUUUGGAAUUAAUUUGAAUGAGAGUCCUUUUCUCCAA